GCGUGAAACGUCAAAUCAUUGAAGCAUAAUUUCAUAGAUAAGUUUUAUUAUGUAAAUAGUUCUAAUAUAAUAUCCUGUGAUAUUCCUUCUAGACAAUACAAUGCCCACGGGACGCGUUGUGCAACUCUGCAAUGAAGCCAUCCUGUCGCCGGCGAAUCGCCUGCAGACGCUCGAGAAGAUGGCAAAGCCCUUCUUCCCACUGUCUUCAGGCGAAGAUAAGAGAGCGGCCGCGGUCCUGAUUGCCAUCUGCGAGGAGAAGGACAACAUCCUGUCGCUGCUGUAUACUCAGCGCUCUGGGAAUCUCUCCAGGCACACUGGCCAGGUUUCCUUUCCGGGCGGCAUGAGAGAUCCCACGGACAACUCGUGGGAAGACUGCGCUCUGCGGGAGACGGAAGAAGAAAUCGGCCUGCAAAGGCGCUUUAUUGACGUCUGGGGCACCGCAGCGCCCCUCAAAGUGCCAUAUUCUGGCCAGAAAGCCAUCACAAUUUACCCUGUGAUUGGGAGUGUGAAGAAUUUCAGUGAUUUGAAGCUGAAAAUCAAUCCCGAGGAAGUCGAGCGAGUAUUCAACGUUUCUCUGGAUCAUUUGAUUGCCCCGGAGAAUCACAGGCACACGCAAUUCAAGACAGGGCUCGUGAUUCCCGCCUACGUCAACACUCCGGCCAAGAUUUGGGGCAUCACUGCUUAUCUGACUCACAUCUUCCUGAAGGCAGCUCUGCCCAAAGACGCCUAUCGCAGAACUUGGCCGAUUCUUUCAUCGUACAAAUUAUAGUGAAUGCUUUUUUUGUAAUGAGAUUUUACGAAACACGACCAAUAUUGUUGAUUUCAUAGGAUUUUAUGGUGAGGAAUAAAAGGGCAAAAAAUUGAAAAUAUUUUCAAUCAUCUUGUUUAAAUGGAAAAUCAUCUACAAUCCAGAUUGUAAAUAGAAAAAAAUGAAGGAAA